AUGGGGAAGGGCGUCCUGGAAGUGCACCUCGUCGACGCCAAGGGCCUCUCCGGCAACGAUUUCUUAGGGAAGAUUGACCCCUACGUGAUCGUGCAGUACCGGAGCCAGGAGCGCAAGAGCAGCGUCGCCCGAGACCAAGGGAGGAACCCGUGCUGGAACGAGGUGUUCAAGUUCCAGAUCAACUCCGCCGCGGCCAACGCGCAGCACAAGCUCAUCCUCCGCAUCAUGGACCACGACAACUUCUCCAGCGACGACUUCCUCGGCGAGGCGACGAUCGACGUGACGGACAUCGUCAGCCUGGGCGCGGAGCGCGGCACGUACCACCUCAACGCGGCCAAGCACAACGUGGUGCUCGCCGACAAGACGUACCAGGGCGAGAUCAAGGUCGGCAUCACCUUCACCGCCACCCAGGUUCAGGAAGAUGGAGGAGCAAUUGGAGGGUGGAGGCACAGUAGCUUUAAUCAGUGA